AACAUCCGCCCAGGCACGCAGAACCGUGGUGCUCUGCCGUGGAGCUCCCAAGCACCGAUCGAAGCAGUGUUCGCGCAGUGUCCUUUCAUUUUACGUCCCGCCUGCCAUUCCCGUACAGUGUCUCGCCCGAUCUACGCCGAUCCUGCCGAACAAGUGUUUCUCUGUGUAGUGCGUCACCAAACGAUGCUCAGUGCUCAGAUGCUUAGUGUAGCGAAAUCCAUACCAAGCAAAAGUCUAUAAUCGAUACCUUCGUACCUAGCGACGCCCGUGCCCAUCACUUGUCAGUGUAUCAGAACAAACGGAGCACGGUGGUUAUCGUGCUGGAAGCACACUUCCCGACACGGUUCGAACAGCCGCAGUUACGGAUCGUUGCCAGCGCUCGCAUUGAACGCCAAUACCGGGCGCGAUUCUUUUGUCCGCGGAUCGUGAUUCUGCACCGUGCACGGAACGCUUGCCGUAUCGAACGUGUUGUGCUGAUUGGACGGGUAGCGAACCCUGCGGUCAGUUAUCAACAUCGAUAGUGCGCGCGCGGUCUGUUCCCUUCUCGCGGCCCAAGUAGAGCUUGCCAAUCGCGGUACAAGGUGUGCUGCUGAACGGCGGCACACAGGCGGCGCAAAAGAAGAUGCUAAAUCCCGUGCUAGGUACCGUGUCAGCCUUCUGACCCAACCCGACGAUAGUGACGACGACACCAACGUUGCCGUAUAUGCUAGUGUGUCCGUGUGUCCUUCGUGCCCUCAUUUUUUAUUUGGCGCAGGCAACGAGACGUAGUGGUUGUGUUGCGUAGGUGACUGCACAGUGUGUGAGUGAGAUAAUGUGUGGCAGUCCUUAAGCAAAAGCGCAAAAAAGUGAUCCAGGGUGGUGUACGCAGGCUUAUCGACAGUAUUGAUUGCAUCCAUUGCGGACACAUCGGAGCUAGUGGACAAGUGUACGCGCUGUUGUACACUCAGGUGAACGGCUCUGCUAAACGAUUCUUAUACGCUUAUCUUUUCCCGUCGAAUCCUUAACGACGUCCUCUUGCGAGAUUCAAACGUCACUGAAAGCUCCAAAGAAAAGCUAACACACGAUGGCGUUAGACUUUACACGACGCCAGUGGCUGACACUGAUGAUUAUGGGACUGGCCGACUUUUGCAAUGCGAUCUGCGUGAGCUUACAGGCACCAUUCUUCCCGAACGAGGCUGAAUCGAAAGGUGCGACGGCCACCGAGUACGGGCUCGUGUUCGGCAUCUUCGAGCUGGUGGUAUUCAUCAUCUCACCCAUCUACGGCCAGUACAUCAACCGUAUCGGGCCGAAAGUAUUAUUCAACAGUGGCAUCUUCACCACCGGCACCUCGGCCAUCCUGUUCGGGUUGCUGGAUCGCGUGCCGGGCCACGUGCCCUUCAUAACGCUCGCGUUCGUGAUACGCAUCGUGGAGGCGCUUGGAAAUGCCGCCUUUCUGACCGCAUCGUUUGCCAUCAUUGCCAAAGAGUUCCCGAACAAUGUCGCCACGACGUUCGCAUCGUUGGAGACGUGCUUCGGACUGGGUUUGAUCGUGGGACCGAUGGUUGGUGGUGCGCUGUACGCCGUCGGUGGAUACUAUUUGCCGUUUGUCGUACUCGGUUCGGCACUGUUUGUGACGGCCAUCCUGACGUUGUGCAUUCUGCCGAAGCACCCGAACGAUCAAGCACCGAACCGGGAAAAGUCCGCCUCGCUGAUCUCGGUGCUGAAGAUACCGGGUGUGGUCGUCUGUGCGCUUGCCAUCUGUGCGACCAGCGCAUCGAUCGGGUUCCUCAGUGCGACCAUGGAGCCUCACCUGCGACAGUUCGACCUCAGUCCCAUUCUGCUUGGUGUCGUGUUCGUCAUCAACGGAGGAGUGUACGCAUUGACCGCUCCGGUCUGGGGUUGGGGUGUGGACAAGUUCCUCAACCCGAAAAUUGUCUCCGCCGUGGGAUGCUUCCUGGUCGUCGGAGCGUUCUGCAUGGUCGGACCCGCGUCGUUCAUCCCGCUCGAAACGAAUCUGACAUACGUCAUUACCGGACUGGUGCUACAUGGACUAGGGAUUGCUGCGGUGCUUGUUUCCAGCUUCACAGACGCACUAAACAUCUCGAUCAAAAAAGGACUUCCAGACAACAUUGAAACGUACGGACUCAUAUCUGGCCUGUGGACGUCGACGUUCGCAUUCGGUGCGUUCGUAGGACCGUCCGUCAGCGGGCUGCUGUUUGAUGCAAUUGGUUUCCGUGCUUCGACCGUGUUUAUUAUCGGGCUGCAGCUUGUUGUCGGCAUCAUCACCAUACUGUUCCUCUGCUUCGAGCGUUCCCCAACGCCGUACAAAGAAAUUUCAUCCGUCGAGUCACUGAUCAAGCCCGCCACAAGCUCACAUGAUGGUGAUUCGCACAACGAGACUAGCGUCAGCCGCACCAGCAGUCUUGACAUCACCUACCGGGGUAACAAAUCGGGAUUCUCCGGCAGUCAGAGUUCACUCAUCGGUUCCUGGCGCCCGUCGGUAAACAAUCUGCUAAUCAGCAACAGCUAUCAAAGCAAACAAGGACACUGGGCACGUUCCGUCACGGAGUUAGAGACGAAUACUGGCACACAGUACGGUACACACUACGGAAGCUUUGACGCCCGACCCGGUUAUCACGAUACGAUGGCUUAAUCGCCCCCCCCCCUUGCUGUUGUAGCAUCGUGUGUCCCAUGUACCGGUCACCUCG